AAUUUGGGGAAGUCAAGAUGGGAGGAUGGCUUGUGGUCAGGAGAUGGAGACCGGCCUGUGUAACAUAAUGAGCUCCGUUAAUCUGUUGCCAUUUUGGCACCAAGGACGGGCUUAGUGGAAGAUGAUUUUUCCCCAGACAAGGGGUGGCGGGGCUCAGGCAGUGCGAGUGGUUCACCACCUGUUCCGCGUCGGGAUUACUAACAGGCCAGAGACAGCUAAAUGAUGGAAGCGAAUCAGCCUGGCAAGCUUUUCGUUGGUGGGCUAAGUAGAGAAGCCGAUGAAAAGACGCUUAAAGCAGUAUUUGGGGAACAUGGUCGCGUGUCGGAAGUUGUUUGGAAGAAAGAUCGAAAAAACAAGUGUAGAGGCUUCGCAUUUAUUACUUUUGAGAACCCUGCAGAUGCUAGGAAUGCUGCCAAAGAUAUGAAUGGAAAGUAUUUGUAUGGAAAAGCAAUAAAAGUAGAAGAAGCCAAUAAACCAUCCUUUCAACGUGGUGGUACGCGGAGAACACCACCUCCUUCAAGACACAGAAGCCCUUCGGGAAGUCUGAGGUCUACAAGAAGAAGCAGUGGAGGAAGAAGAGGGUGGCAUCACUCACGUGGAGGACACUUGGGUGAUGGUGGAUACACUCUUGAUCUCCACAUGAGUUCUUCUAGGGGAACGUUUGGAGUUAAAAGAGUUCCAUCUUCAAGAAUUGGAAGUCCUCCUCCUAAAAAAUCUGCUCCUUCAACUGUGGCAAGAAGCAAUAGUGGGAUAGGAGGCCAAGGUCCCAUUUCACGUGGAAGAGAGAACUAUGCAGGUCUUUCACGCAGAGAGCCAUCCUCCUCCCGGAGAAAGAACAGUACCUCAGCAAGAGAUGAUGCUUAUGCAACUAAAGAUAGCAUAAAUCAUCGAAGUUCCCGAGACACCAGGUGUUAUGCUCCGCCACGUAAAGACUGUGCAUGGCGUGAUUAUGGUCGUUCUCUCCGUGAUGAACAUUCUUCUAGACGAUAUGGUGAUCAUGACGGCCAUGGUAGAGAUGAUUCAGAACGUCCAAGUGGACGUUCCUACAGACAUGCAUGUCAGAGUUAUAGUAAGCGUCCAGGGACCUCUCGUGGUGUACCACCUGCACCAGGUCCUCGGAUGACUUUCAGUGGAAGCAGUCGCCGUGAUUAUAACAAUACACGAGAUAGAUAUGACAGAAGCCGGGAGAGUUACUCAAGGAGCCAUCGUGAUUCCUAUUCCAGUGGUCGUGGGCACAGUGGCAGAAAAGAACAAACCUAUCCACCUUCAGUGGAUAGGGUGCACCGUGAUCCUCGUGAAGAAUAUGGGAGCUCAAGUUACAGGGCUUCUAGAAAAGGUGUUGGGGGAAGCUGAUCUGAAAAAGGAGACUGAAGCAGAUAUUUAAAAUAAGAGUUCUUCCGUGGGUAUCGAAAAUUACAAUGUUGUCUCUGUAUUAUUACCUGAGUACCACUACUAGAAAUAAGUUAGUUUUGUAGGGAGAGGUAGCUAUUAACUUCCUCCAUGAAUUUUUUGAGCUGAAAAGGAAUCUUUAUCAAAGUAAUUUCAUUAUUUUUAAUACCAUUUGAAAGCUAUCUGUUUAGGUGUAAUGUGUGUAGUAAAAUUUUCAGAAUAAAUCUAUACAUGGAAUGCAAA